AUGUUUUGUCCCUUCCAAUGCUUUCACGCAGGCCACCGUCCGCUGUCGUCUCCUCGCGGCGGCGUCUCCGACAGCAGAGACACCGAGCAACGCGGCCUCGGCAUCUCGGAUGCUGUGGGCGAAGAGCGACGACGAAGGAGCAGCCGAAGAGAGCGAAGGGGGCGCAGAGCGAGCAGCAGUGGUCCGCCAGGCAGCCCCGACCAGGGCGGCGGAGGAGCGGGCGUCGCAGAGGGCGGGGCUGAGGCGACUUCGCGCGGUGCUCGUUUGGCCACAGCAGAAGAGGAGACAAGUCCUGGGAGCCUACGAGGAGCUCAGGAGGCUCCUGCUCUCGCAAGCGGCGCUUCCGCCGGAGGUGGGGAGGAAACGAGCGCGGAAGCGGCAGGUGGCGCCGCGGAAGGCAGCGAGGGACGGGAUGCCCGACUCAGCUCCUCGGCGCUGGGUAGCGCGCUAGUUGUCGCGCAGAUGAUUGAGGCCGCAGUCACUCGGUCGGUUGCGGUGGCGAGGGGUGGGUGCAGCGCGGCGCCGGCCGCUCGCUCGGCUUCCACAGAGUCAUCUGCCGUUCUUUCUCGCGAGCAGACGUCUUCGCUUCAUGAAGGCUCGGCCCGCGCUUCAGAGGGAUCUGUGCCUGUGGUGCCUUCACUCUCUGGCGCUCCCGCCGGCGCCGCCAGCUCCGCGUCGGAGACCGCGGCGAGCGCGGGGGACUUUUUGCCCCACCUCAGGUCGCUGGGGUCCUUCUCGGCCUCCCAGUCCGUCGCCGAGGAGAGACGUCGAGGUGUUCCAUCAGAUGCGCCUGUCGGGUCGGACACUCCGGGGCCUUCGGGCCUUCCAGGCUCAUCUGAGGGCGCAAGUCCGACGACCCCCUCGGCGUCAUCUCUCGCCGGCGCAGCCCCGCCGGGCGACGGAGGAAUCGCUGGCGCCCCGGAGGGAGCUUCGACGUCGUCGAGGGAAAUCAUUCAUGCGCCUUCCUCAGGGACGCCUACUUCCCAAGGGCAGCCCCUGCCUCCUCCUCCGGCCCCGCACGCCCUGCCAGGCGGCUCAGCGCCUCCAACUUCGGGGGCCGUCCCUCCUCCGCCCCCGCCGCCUCCUGUUGGACUCGGUGGUGGGCUUCUCGGGCCCUUCUCAGGCGCCGCGAGGCCCGCUGGGCAGGCGGCAGGAGGCUCGUCUGCGCUGGUGCCGCCGUCGCUCUCCGCGGCCUCCGCAGCUGGCGGCGGAUUGAUGAGUCCGAGUGUGUCUCUUUCUUCUUCGCCGCAUUCUGCUCCUGCGAGCUCAGCGCAGCCGGGCGGCUCGACCGGCGCUAGCAGCGCGGGUGGAGGGACGGGGGCCGCGCCUCCCCCGCCUCCUCCCCCUCCGCCGCCUCCGCCCCCCCCGCCGCCUCCUCCGCCGCCUCCGCCCUUGCCCGCGGGCUCGUUGGGCCCCCCGAGGUCAACUGCGGGCGCGCUGGCCGCGGGUGCGACGCGGUGGAGACAGGUGCCUGGCGGCGACGCCCACGGGCCGGGAGGGGCGGGGCUGGGGACUCACGCUGGGCACCAACCUGAGACGCACCAAGGCACCGGAUCCCCGACGGGCCCGUCAGUCGGCGCAGGGCUGCUGGUGCCGCCGUCGCCCCUGCUGGCCAGCUCAGCUCCCGCGACGGCGUUGGGCUCCAGACCGGGGCCAGCGGGAAGCAGCGCUGCGCGCAGCACAAGCGAGCAGACUGGCGGGGCGGCCGGCUUGAGGCCCAGAGUUCUGGACGCCAGAGCUGCGAGCGGGACUUCGCUGACGUCUGCCGGCGACGAUGGAAGGCGAGAUAGAGGCGCUUCCGCUCUAGGAACCAGUCGAACUGAAAGCGAGCGCCACACUCGAGCGCGGAGAUUCUCGGCUCUCCGGCGUCGCGAUGCACAUCCCGCUUCCCCUGUGGGAGGCCUGGAGCCUGAGGUCUCGGAGAUGGAGAGAGGAGGCUGGCGACGAAGAGGAGAAAAAGUCACAGGCAGCCCCGAGGCCUCGCCUAGCACAGCAAGUCUCUGUUCGGCGAGCAGCGGCAGCCUGCAGCCCAGCGUGGGCAGCAGCGAGUGGUUCAGUCGGGAGACCUCGGGUAACGAGGACGAGAAUAGUGACGAGGCAGACUCGUGUCGCGGGCCUCUGUCGGGGGACGAAGACCCAGACGUGCGCCGGGCGGGGAUCUUCGGCGGCCGCGGAUGGAGUCUGUGCACCUGCUGCGUCUGCAGGAACUGCGACUGUCUGCAAGGCGGCCUCGCGCGCAGGGAGCCGCGGCCGUGCACGUUCUUGCCGUGGUGCUCGCGCGCCUGCGAGGGCCGUCGGCGCGACGACGGCCGGCGUCGCCAGGCUCAGGCUGGAGGCAAGGCGACGCGCUCGCCGCCCCCUGAGGGCAGCGACCGCGAUAUCCCCAGACAGGGCGGCGGUCACGCGCGGAAGCCUAGGGGACGCAGAGGUGACAAGAAGAGAGGAGACGGCUCAGGACGCGGCGGGCAGCCUGACGAGAACGAAGAGCGAGCAGGCGAGGCAGCGGAGCCAGGGGAGGCAGCGGAGGCAGACGAGCCGCUGCGUGGAGCCCUGGAGGCCAGGGGACGCACCCCGGGCGGCAGGCUCUCGACACGGAGGCCUCAUGAGCAGAGGCGAGAAGACGAGGCAAAUCCCAGCGGCAGGGCUGAGGAGUGGCGCCUCCCUGCGGGGCAACGCGAAGGCCGAGACGAAGCGAUAUCUCCCCAUGAAGCGAUUCUGGUCAGGCACGGCGCGAGUCCGCACCCCCGCGGACGACGUCGCCGGCGGGUGUAUCGCGGACGGAAGCAGGGACGCACAGCGGAGAAAAAACUCGAACGAAUGGGUCUCCUGAUCAAGAAUGCCAAUAGUGGAGGCGAAGGCGCGCAUGUGCAGAAGAAAGGCCGAGCGAAGGCUGACGACGCGUCGGAGGAAGACGUCUGUCACACGUGCGGAGGCACCAAGACCUGGAGGCGAAUCUCCCUGCCCUUGGAGAGCCCGUUAACUGUGCUCCUCUGCGCUGGAAAUGUCGCGCUACCAAGGCUCAUGCAGCUUCUCCAAGUUGUCUCGCAGCAGUCUCCUCAGCUGGCAGCAGAGCCUCCGCCGCCAACGUCCCCGAACUCUCUCGCGGCGUUUUCGUCGUCUCCUCCGCUGUUUCCUUCUUCCGCGUCUUCGGCGGCAGCCUUCUUUGCCCUCCUUCCGAGUCUUCUGUCGGCGACCGAGGGUGACGCUCCAGCUGUCCCCGCGGGCCUGCCGAGACCCGGGGAACACCGCGUGGGAGUGUGGGGCUCCGGAGACCCUGCUGCGUCCUCGAGCGCUCUCUCGCCGUCGUCCCUCCCUCCUUCCUGGCCCUCUGCGCCUCUCUACUUGCCGUGGCUAGCCGCAGCGGCUGCGAGCGGCUUGCCCCCUUGUCUCCUCCCGCCGUCGGCUGCGGCUGCGGCGUCCUCCGCCGCCGGCUCCGCGGCCCCCCAGGGCUUCCUCAGCCCUUCCGUGGGAGUGUGUCCGCGCUGCAGGCGUUCAGAGUGCGUGUGCGGCGCGUCGUCUCCGGCGCAGCUCGAUGGCGGGUGGUUCGCCUCCUCCUCGCGGGCGCAGGCGCUGGCUUCGUCUCUCGCAGCCGGGGGUUGGUCUUUCUCGGCGUUCCCCGUUCUCCGCGGACUCCUCGCGGCGGCCAGCAGCAGUUUCUCAAGCGCAGGCGGAGGGAGUAACGGGUCGCAUGCCCCGGGCGCGGGAAGCCCCGCGGCCCACGCGGGUGUGGCGACGUUGCCGUUGCUCAGCGGCGGAGGCAUGCUGGCGCUCGAGCUCGAUCUGGGUUCCGCUUUCCACUUUCACUCCAACUUCACCUGCGCAGUCAGCCGCGAGCAGACCUCCACGAAGAACCCCGCCGUCCUGCUCACCUGCGGCCACACAAUUUGCAGGUUCGCAAACGAAGGCUGUGAAACGCAAGUAGACUCGCAGGCAGCUGAGAGUCGGCGUAUGUGUCUGCGGCGCAGAGAAGCGGCUGGCGCGUAUGCAAAAGAAGCGCAGCUACUUGCACCCAGCUGUGCGGAUGUGCAGAGACUCAGCGCAGGCAUGUCCGUGCAAAGGCGCACAUGA